UUCAGUUGUGGUUUAAUGAUACAUUUAUACACGUAUAGGGUGUAAACAGUGCAAUCUUAUUAGCAACUUAGCCAACUCUUUCUGCAAUUCUCUUCAGAAGGCCUUACAUCCCCUGGAGUCUUGACCAUGACACAGACCGACCCCCUGAGGAUCCUCGUCGUGGGAGGCGGAAUUGGUGGGCUCUCUGCAUCCAUAGCACUCCGCCUCCAAGGCCACGAGGUCGAAAUCUUUGAGAAGUCGAGACUGCACACAGAGCUCGGAAACGCAAUGUACAGCGCGCCCAACUGCACAGCGGCGCUGAACCACCUGGGUAUUCACCCAGGAGAGAUUGGAGGCGUCGUCUACCGUGGAGCCAAGUACCUAGACGCUGACUGCAACGUCUUGCGCAUCGGGGCCACGACGGACCAGGACAGGGCCACAUGGCUGGCGGAAUGGUACCUGGUCACCCGCGCCGACCUGCACGAGAGCCUCAAGCGUAAAGCCGUUUCCCUGGGCGUACAGAUCCACACCGCCUCCCUCCUCACGAGCGUCGACCCCGAGACCGCCACCAUCACCCUUGCCGACGGCAGCACUGCGGCUGGUGACCUCGUCGUGGGUGCAGACGGAGUCUACUCCGCCGCCCGCGCAGGCGUCCUGGGCCGCGAGGUCCCACUGUACGGGACGGGGCGCUGUUGCUACCGUUUCCUGAUUCCGACAGCUGAUCUGCUCGCCGACCCCGAGACGAAAUUCCUUGCGGACACGCCAGGCUCAUUCGUUGAGAUCAUGGGAGUGGACGAUAGAAGGAUCAUUUUGUAUCCGUGCUCAUCGGGAACGGUGAUGAACAUCGCGGCCUUUGUACCCAGGAGUGAAGUUGGGGAGAUCAAGAGAGGUCUGACGGGGUAUGACCAGAUGGGAAACAAGGCACGGCUCAAGGAGCACUUCAACCAGUUUGGCGGGCCUGUCCAGAAGAUGCUUGAUAAAAUACCCGAGGACGGCGCCAGGCUGUGGGAUCUCGUCCAGAUGGAGCUUCAACCCAGUGUCACCAGGCAAAAGGCCAUCCUCAUCGGGGACGCAGCGCGUCCUUUCCUGCCUUACAUGGGCCAAGGCGCUGCACAGGCCAUCGAGGACGGCUGCGCUCUGGGCGUUGUACUACCACUUGGCACUACCCCCGAGGAGAUUCCCCAUCGCCUCGAGCUGUGGCAGCGGUUGAGAAUGGACAGGGCGGCCAAGAUCAUAAACAUGACGAGACAUAGGGGGAGA